AUGCCGCUACAUCAUUUGCCAUCAGCUUCGUGUUGCCGUCGCCCCGUCGUUCCUUCACCGCUACGCCCCCUCCGCUUUUCUCUGCAUCUGCCCGUCUCUGCCUCCCUUCCUUUUUCCCUCGUGCUGCCUCUUGCGCCCGCACACAUCCCCCCUCCCCUCCCCCCAUCGGGAAGGAUACGCCUGCAAGCUCUGAAUAAAAGCAAAGAAAAUUACCCAACAACAACAACAGCGACAGAGAAGAUGCUGCGCUUUUGCACCCGUGCUGGAGCCGUCCUCAAUGUCUACAGUGCCGCCCGCCAACAGUCGAGCAUCGUCGACGAAUUGAAGGGGACGAUUCUGGCGCGUCACAAACUUGACGCUCCAAGGAUCAAGGCCCUGAAGGAGAAGUGCGGAGGCGAGAAGCUGAGCGAUGCGACCGUCGGGGCCGCCUACGGUGGCAUGCGUGGGAUCACUGGCCUGGUGUACGAGCCCUGCUGCUCGACGGGAUGCACGGCAUUCG